GGAGUCGGACCCCGCCCAGCGGGUCCUGAUCUUCGCGAAGCUCCUGGGCAUGGCCGCAGUGGCUGGUGGCCUGCUGCGUGGCGAGAUGCGCACUCGAGCAGCCUUCGACUCGCCCUUCCCGCUGCUGGAGUCCGCCAGGAGCGCCGACCUUGCCGAGCGCCCCAAGGAGAGAGCCGCGAGGCGCGCGCUGGACCUGGCGCGGCUGCAGCGUGCGCACCUGGCGCGCUGCCGGCUGCUGGUCGUCGCCGGCGCCCCUGACGCGGGCAAGACCACGCUGUUGCGUGAGGCCUUCGGCCUCGGAAAUCUCGCCGCGGGGCUGAGCCCUGAGAUGCGUACAGAGCAGAUCCAGUUCGAGCUGCAUCCCGCUGGGGACGACAGAUGCUGCCCGAUAUACUUGGUGGACACCCCAGGCGCUGGCGACGCGGAUCAGCUGCACCGCAACGACAUGGCCAGGAUGUUGCAGAGCGCCAGUGCGUCGCUGCCAGGGGGGGUGGUGGUCGUGUGGGUGUUGCGCGCCGGGCGCAGCGAGCGCCGGGAGGGUGACGAGCUCGUGCGGAAGAUGGCCGCGGCUGGGGCCGAGGUGCGGGCGAUCGUCACCCACAUUGACCGUUUAUUCGAAGAGCGGUAUCGGGAGCUCGGCCCCCUGUGGAAAGAAGGAGAGUUGCGAGGCGUGCCGCACAAAGAUCCACGGUGGGCGACGACGAGGAGAAGGCUCAUGGCCGAGCUCCGCGACGAGGUAGAGGCCCCCAUUCACACCGCUUUGGGCACAGUCAACAGCACCUUCUUUGGGCUUGCCUACGCGUGCUUGGGCGGCUGGAUGGUUGGUGACGGCGACGUCAGCGAGGACGACGAGUUCGCCAUGCAGCCACCAUGGCCGUGGGCGAGGCAGGAGAUCAGGGAGUUCUUUCAGGUGUUGGACCGCGAUGGCGCCAGGAUGUGGCUCAACGAGACUGUGGGCCAAUGACGGGGCCUGGGCCGCUGAGCAGGCGUCGUUUCAAGGUUAGAUUAGUCAUGUAUUGUUACGAGAUUCAUGGCGUGAGUACGAGGCGGUACCGUGAUGUUUGGUGGCUUUAAUGCUAUGUCGCCUUGAGCAUCUGAUUUCGCAGGGGGCUUGACCACGCCAUUAGUUAGAAGGCUGCCACUCGGACCUGAGAAGGUUCUUUCAAUUUGAUGUUUUAGUGGGGGUCCAUGGGCAUGGGCCGUGGGCCUCCUAUCUUCUGACCGGGCACGCUGGCCCCGACGGAGUCGGCCAAGCGUUGGCUAGCCGCGUCCACGCGUAAUUUUUGAAUCGGAGUAUCAUCCAUCUCUUGGUCUUUCUGCCCUGUACAGCGGCGCGGCGCUGCAUAACUGCAUACGGGCGUCAAGGUUGCCGUACCAUCUGAUUGCCAUUGUUUUUCUCAGAUUCGUUAGCAGCCUCGGAUGCGCGCGCCCAGGCAUGUAUAUCUAUGCGCCCCCAGUGCUGCUGUCGAUGCUGGACGGUCUCGGCUUGCGGUCCAGACGGUCUUGCCAUCUGAAGGUGGUUCGAGGCCGUCCCUGCGGCAGGGGAGCCCUUUCCCCGACGUAGGUUCGCCAGCCUGUUGUGAGUUGUAGGGCAGGACGCCUGACGAUCUAUCCAAUAUGCAUAUCCAUGCACGCGCGCGUAAUUCAUGGCAGCCACGCUGAUGAGUGGACAAGCCGCGCUUCGAGAUCCAGAGAAAAAGAACAGCGCAGCGCGGCAACGAUGGUGCGAUUCAGCUUGUACAGGGCACUGGUGGCACAGCCUUUACCGCAACAUUGCACCUUGACUUUGCAAUGUCGUAGGUGCAUUCUGGGAACGUCGUAGUUCGUACGCACCUGACGACGACUGUGUUGGCGCGAAGAUGCGAUCCACUUGUUCUGAUUCUGCAGCUCUGGCAUGAGAGAG